UCUGGCAGACAGCCAGACACACAAAAGAUUCGGCUUCCAUUUCUCUUCUCCUCUAACGCUGAAAUCAGCGAUCCAAAAUCUCUCUCAACAAACGCUAAUGGCAGACUCAACACAAUCUUUCCAAGAAGCCGAACUGAGCGUUGAUGCAUUUAAAAUUCUGUAAUGUGGCAGAUAAAGAUACAAAAGCACCCAAUAUAUUUGAAAGUGCGAAUGAAAAGAUUGAAGCUGUUUUACACACUGAAAGAACACUUAACAAUCACAAAGAGACUCACGGUAUGCCAAAUGGCAUUGAUGAAAACACCCCUUUAAGUGAUGUCAAAGCGCCUAAUAUGUUUGAAAGAGCCAAGGAGGAGAUUGAGGCUCUUGUUGAAACAAUCCAUCAGAAGAUAGAGUCUCAAACUAAUGAAAAAAGGAAUCAAUCUUCAAAGGCAGGGUCAAAUCAAGAGAAAUUAGAUUCUUUGACAGAGAAAGAGGUCAAGGCCCCGACUUUAAUUGAAAGAGCAAUGGAAGAAAUUGAAGCUCUCAUCCACCACGAAAAGUCGCCGCCCCAUCAUCAUAAAGAAACACCUGGAAGGAGUGAUGACAUCAACGAGAACACACCCAUUAAUGAAGUUAAAGCACCAAAUGUAUUUCAACGAGCAAAGGAAGAAGUUGAGGCACUUGUUGAAACAAUCCAUCCCAAGAAAGAACCAACCAAGUUUACCUCCUCAUCUAAGAAGGAAGGAGGAUUCUGGUCUUCCAUUGCAAGGAUUUUGGAAAAAGUAUGCUCUCCUUUGGCUACAAAGAGAGAUUAAUAUCAUCAGGGAUCAAAGCCUAAAUACAGAGAUUUGCGUUAGGAAUUUGUUUUUUGUUCUGUCAAGUUUGUGUGAAUGUUUACGAGUAAGUGAAUACAUUGUAACAAAUAUCAUAUCACAUUGAAUCUAGCCUUGCUAUAAACAUUUUAUGCUUGAAAAAGUAGGGCUGACACAGAGUCUUGCUAGCAUGGGGUGGUCAGAACUUAGGAAGGUUUUGCGACCGUUCAUAAUGACGCAAGUGGCAUGCCACUGUCAGUGCAGUGGGUGAGUGCCAGGUUAGUGGAUGGUUGGAAAUCGUCCACAUGUCCAAUCCCUGCGAGAGUCGAGGAAAUCACUCUGGCAGGUGAGCAAUGGGACGCAGAGAAGAAUUUGCACAGUACCCACCCACUUGCAGAUUUAGUAAUCAUUACCUUGGUUUAUCU